AUGGGCGAUAGUAGCAUUUCAAUAUUGGUUACGACCUGCCUCCGCCUAUUCGAAAGACUUAUUGCGCUCGAACCGCAAACUUUCGGCGUCUCUGAGCGUUCAGCCCUGGCGGCUUUCGAGGAAGAGCACGUCCGAUGCAGGGUAUGGGCCGGAAACAUUGGUGCGCACAAAUCCGGCAGAAGCUCUUUGCAGUACCGUCUUCGAGAUGCGUCGCAUCUACAGGAGCAGGUCGUAUCGCUCUUCGACGACCUCACGGCGUUGCUUGAAGAUGCUGUCGCUAUAGUCUCUGGUGACAAGAUUCCGUGGGACAGGCUAGAGGAUGAUGACGACGACAACGGUGAAUUCGUAUUUGAUGACGGCGACUCUAAGCGAGAGCGUAGAGACAACGAUUUCCCCGAAACGGAACUGGGCCAGAUCGCCACUGAUGUCGCCGACGUUAUCAACUGCCUCCUACGCCUUAGCGUAGCCAUCAGAAACCCCGCUCCCCAUGAUCGCUUCAAGGCAUCGGUCCCAGUAGACACUUCCCAUUUUGAAGCUUUCGACAUUCAGUAUGUUCGAGACAAGUUCCGUGAAGUUGACGACUCCCUGGCGGAGAGACUUGGAAAGGCGAUUUCUAGGCGGCGACAAUAUUUCAAAUAUCGGGAAAGCCACCAUAACAAACUAGUUGCUGGGUUGGAGGCGGAAAACCAAACCCAAAGGGAUGCCGAGAGCACCAUUGCUUCUUCAAUACCGGACCGGAUGAAAACAACCUCCUUCAACCCAACACUUUCGGCUAUGGAUGAGGACGCCCUCUCAGACUCUGGGGUGUCCCAGACGUCGUUCGCAUCGUCGAAUGCGGAUGAUGCGAAACUUAAAGUUCCACCGCUCCCCAGAGAAGCCGACAAAGGGCCGUUUGAGUGCCCUUUUUGUUUUAUGAUGAUUGCAGCGACAAAUACUAUCUCCUGGAGAUCCUCGGACCAAGGCAUUGCCUGUCCUCUAUGUGAGGAGGAGCCACUGUCUUCCUUUAAACAAUACCAGCGUCAUGUCGGUCGCCAUCAAGAACAGCUAGCUCUUUUCGCUCUCCCGUCCUUGACACCGCGCGAAAACGAGACGGGCGAUGAACACAAUAGCAAUCUAAGUGGUAUUGAUGUUGAGUCAGAAGCCCAGCAUCAACCACACGAGGGCGGAGAAGGUAGCGCGGCCGCCGAGAGUGACCAUCAGCCGUCCUUCCCUGACCCCGUAACUGAAUCUGUUGCUGCCCGUGGCCCCAACUCCGCAUUCGAAGCGCCGAGAGAACUAGGCGGCGUCAUUAACCUCGGGGACACUGCCCCUGAAGAAGAGUGGUAUUUACUGGAGUUAAGCAUGAAACACAAAGACAAGAAGGGUACAGCAAUGUGGGAUAGCAUGGCGGUUGAUUUUGCCGAACGCUUCGGCAGGAAGCCCGAGAAAGCAACACUGCAAAUGAUGUUUAGACGGGCGAAGCAGAGAUGGGUCACUUGGCCCCCGAAAGAUAUCCCGGGGUCUUAUGGUGACCUUUCUUAUGGUGACGAUUUCGAGUUCGCUGCAACGCUAAGAGCGGGCUUAAAAGCUGCCGGAUUUGAUGAUAAUAUUGUCAUCGAAGACGCUGAGUACCGACGCCGUGACUCGCCUCCAGGUUCCAAUGAUGAACUUGGCCCUGGCACAACAUCUAAAUCGUCGCCUGUGCUCGACAGGGAGCCGGUAGCGGACGAGCGGGGAAGCAUGUUCAGGGGAGAGAAAAAGAAGAAGAAGAAGAGUCGCAGGAAGCAAGCUGAGGAUCUUCUACCACAAGCCUCGUUCUCCGAUGUGGCAUCGGCAUCGCACACGGGUCGUUUCGGGGACAUAGGGCUGAUGAAACGAGAGGAUCUUCUACCACAAGCCUCGUCCUCCGAUGUGGCGUCGGCAUCGUACACGGGUCGUUUCGGGGACAUAGGGCUGAUGAAACGAGAGGAUCUUCUACCACAAGCCUCGUCCUCCGAUGUGAUGUCGGCAUCGUACACGGGUCGUUUCGGGGACAUAGAGCUGAUGAAACGAGAGCCGAAUAUCGGUUGGGUAGAUUCCAGCAGCCUAACUAAUUCUGGGCCGGGAAACUCCAGCACCGUACAAGCAUCUGGAGACCUUGCCAAUAUGGGCUACGUCCAGACACAUCACCUUCAUCGUUCGCAGCAGCACCAAUACGUGAAGAAACCCAACUUAUCCGGAAACCAGCAAAACAUAAGUGGGGGCGGGCGCCGGUCCGCUCAGCGUUUUAGCAGGUGGGGACCGCCGGCCCCUUCCGCUGCUAAACCCGUCCUAACCGACAGCCGGCAGACGUCGAUGGAGUCAAUGUCAUCUGCACCACCGGACAAAGCCGCUAUGUUACUUGCACGCCUAGGACGCGCCCUUGGGCCGACCUCAUAUGAUCGUUACGACCGGAUACGUUCGGGCGGUGUCGCGACCGCCCCCCAGAACAGCGGCCAUACCACAACCAAGUCUCCCGGCCGGGACCAGGGAUCGCAUCAGCGGGCUGGACAGACAUUGUGGCCCCACUCUCCUGGGUCGAAGGAAGACUUCACUAAGGCUAGGACCCUUGACCAUGGGCCGGAAGAACAAAAACCGAGACGCAAGGCAACCGACGAAGUACUCGAUCGUUUUUGGGACUUUACUGAUACUUCUCUGGCAGAAGAGGAGAGAAAAUACAGGCUUUCGUUAUCGGAUAGUCUUGGUAAAUCCGGCCCCAACAAGCAACAAGCCACUGACGAUGCAAUGGAGGAGAGACCUACACAUACGCGGAUGGCCCGAAGACAUGUUUCUUUGGAAACACUAAGAACUUUUGAUAUAGAACAUACUAUUGACGAAGAGGACGCGGACUACGUGAUUGUAAAGCGCUGGGUGCCGGAAUGGGAACAAGCCGAUUUAUGGGAACAUACGAAACGUCUACGAGAAAAGAGACUUCAAGGUGGCCCGUCAGCGGGCGAGGCAAAGCCAAACCGCUCUUUUCCGACGAAGAAGGGUGGCAAGAAGACGACCAAGAAGGAACCAAACUGGUUGUUCCCGUCCAAACAAGGAGGAGGGGAGGUCAAAGCGAAGUCCAAGUCCGGGAGUUUCAUUUCAAAGGACUUGCAUGGCGAAGCUGAUUCAUCGUGA